GAUGAACGAAUAUUAAAAAAAAAAAUACAUAUAACUCGAUGUCUUUCUUCGUCGAUAUCGUAACGGAAGAUUCUUUUUACGAGAAUCUUACAUUAGGUGUAGUUAAGAUUCUCGAAAGUUUUCCAUACGUAAAAAAUGUACGAGUCGAUCGUAGAAACGGAUGUGAAACUACAGUCAUUAAUAGCUGGGAACAACGCCAUUGUUGUACACUCCCGGAAGAUGUUAAGAACUUUUACGCCUCCAUCGACGGCUUCCUGCUUCAGUGGAAUCUCGAGAUAGCAGGUGAAGAAUUUCCCAUAGGAUAUAUGGAAAUUGGCACCUUUUCCUCUUUAAAACGCUAUACAAACAAUUCUAAAAAUUAUCAAACAGAUGCUACUAAGAAAGAAUCUUACAAUGACAUCCAUAAAUCAGACAAUGAAACCAUUUGCGGUAGUUCUACCGAUCUUGAGAAUGCAAUUUCACUUCAUUUGCAGGAAAAUGAUUGCAAAAUAUUUGAAAUAGCAAGAUGCUUUCCAGAAAGUGAAAUUGCUAAGAUCUAUUUGGUAUAUCGAAUAAAACCGGAAGUGGAGUCACCAACAAUCUGGUUACAUCGAGAGAAUACUAAUAAAUGGUAUCGUUUAGCAGAAAAUUUCACUAUAUAUUUUCGUAUGAUGCUUGUUCAUUUGGGUUUGCCAUUGUGGCAAUGUUGCGUGGCUGGUUUGUCUCUUCCAGCAUGGAUACAACAAGUCUAUUUUUUAAUUGGACCUCAUUUACUUCCUUCUACCGUUGAACCGAUGGAGACUAUUUCUACUUCCAUGUGGAACAAUGGACCUACAAAUAUUAUCGAUCCAGCUAUUUUUAAAGGAAGAGAAGGAAAACAAAAAAGUUCAAAAAAGAAGUAAUUUUUAUAACGUUAUGAUUUCAUUCUUCUUAAUAUAUGAUUUGUAAGAUUCAAGAGCAGAUAAAAUUGAUGUUUUUAGAAUUAGUAGAAUGUGCAUUUACAUUUAUAUA